CGUACACACACGGUAAGAUCCAGCGCUGCUGUACAGUCGCGGAGGUAUCGGCUCGGGAAAACGAUGUUCGCGCGUAAUUGAUAGUAGUUAUUAAUGUGCAACAGCUAUGCGAUAUUACUUUAAUGAAAAACGAUUUUGUGGGCUACUUCGAAUUAAGACGUGAGGAUAUGACAGUCAGUACUGAUUGAUACGGAGUAUAUAUUUAUGCUUUUGAAUGUGAAAUGGAUUAGAUUGAUAUCACUGUGGCAACAUAUGUUGGUUGGUUUUGUGCAAAGGAUCCCUAAUAGGGGAUUCUGGGAGUUAUAUAUGGGUGCCUGAAGUUAUAAACUAUUAGCUGAAACUCCACCUGUGUCUCUUGGUAUUUCAGUUUUAAGAUUAUACAAACUAAUACUUCAACGCAGAUAUUCUCAAGUGAUCAGAACGCCUACUUGAUUUGCACAAACACGGUUUUAUAAUUUUCAAAACAAACAUUUACUGCACAGUGUUUACUGAGCAAUCACGCUCCAAAACUCACCUGUUAAGCGGAACAAUAAAGCCGUUGAUCUUCCGAGAAGCUGCAUUGUAUAAGGGACAUAAAUGUCACCGAUAUAAGACCGCGAUUGUUCACUACAUCCAUUGCCAGGAGGAACUUCAUGACAGAACCCCGCCAUUGCGUUUCUCGCACAGACGAAGCCUUAGAAGCAAGUUCUCGAGGUCGUUGACAAAUCCAAACUCUCUGUUGACUUAGGCAGUGGGCCGGAAUAUAACUAUAUCUCCACCAGGAAUUCAACAUUUCUCUUUAUCCUUUUACGGGAUGUCGUCAAAUGAUUCAUAAGGCCGUUUAAGCGUCUAUUGCUGUAUGAAAAACGUGUGAAUUGUAAGUGGGACUGUCCUGAUAGGUUUAUCGUUUUUGCAAUAGCAUUUUAAUUGGAAUAAUGGGCUAACGGUCAAAUGGACAGAAACAUAACAUACACCAUACGGCCGUUUAAUUGACGUUGUUUUGAUGAAGGGUAUACCAUAAAAACAAUUCAAGUCUGACAUUAAGGUCAAAUUAAAUCAACAUGAAUAUGGAGCUUUCCUUAAAUGAGAGCGAGGCUCCGCCUUUGCAGGACAUUUUGAAGGAGUCCGCCUCUCUAACAACUGUAUUUAUAGUCUUGUACGUGGUACUCUUCUUUAUAGGAGUGAGUGGAAACUCCCUUGUGGUGUAUGUAGUGAUGCGGAACAAAGCCAUGCAGACAAUUACAAAUAUUUUUAUCACUAACUUGGCAUUUUCCGACAUCAUGAUGUGUAUGCUAGCUGUCCCAUUCACUCCGUUGUCGUAUUUCAUGAACUCAUGGGUGUUUGGGGAAGUGUUAUGUCAUAUUGUGCCUAUGUCACUGUGUAUAUGCGUGUAUGUAUCAACGCUUACGUCAACAGCUAUCGCCGUAGACCGAUAUUUCGUGAUAGUGUACCCGUUCAAGCCACGUAUGAAGACAUGCGUAUGUCUGCUUAUGAUCGUCGCCAUCUGGAUAAUUUCUGUGUCUAUCUCCCUGCCGCUCGGAAUCUACCAAGUUAUUGAAGUCGAUCGAACUGAAAGUAAAAUCUGCAAAGAACAGUGGCCGAAAGAUCAGGCCAGACAGUUCUUUACUGUGACAAGCCUAGUACUGCAGUACAUAGUGCCUUGUAGUAUAAUUACAUAUUGUUAUUCUAAGGUUUCUCUGGCACUGAGGCGAAGAUCUAGGUCACGAAUAGGAACUGGAAGCGUUUCACGAGAAAGAGAUGAAAUGGAAAUAAGAAGGAAGAAAAGAACAAAUAAAAUGUUGAUUGCCAUGGUUACCAUAUUUGUGUGCUGCUGGUUACCACUGAAUAUGGUACUUCUUGUCGCUGAAUAUCAUUCACCAUUUAAUUAUAAAGCAUACUUUCCAUUAAUAUUUCUUGCGUCGCAUGUAAUAGCCAUGAGUUCCAUCAUUUACAAUCCAUUCUUAUACGCUUGGAUGAAUGACAAUUUCAAGAAAGAGUUCAAACUUGUGUUGCCAUGUCUCUUUCGAAGGGGAAAUGAUAGGAAUGUGAAUGGAAACUACACACAAUACACGCAUGUUGAGACGAAUCCAUCUGUUGUAAUGAACAAGUCCCCACAGAAAGAAACAAACGGAAAUGAAAAUGUUAAAGAAACAAAAGCUUAUUUUGAAGCAGAAACCGAAAAGGUCCAUCUCAACGUGAGCGACGAACAUGACAAUUCCGAUUGAAGGUACCUGGAGACUCAUUUAUGAUAGGAAAUCUCGUUUGCGUUGCUUAAGCUCGAUUUACUAAGAACAGACAGUGACUUAUAUCGAGAUUUACUGCCGAAAUAUAGAAGAACGAUUCCAAUUCUCUUGGGUAUGUUAGACGCAUUGCUGAACAUGUGCUUAGGUCAUGCAUAGGGAACUUGUUGAGAGGAAUUUGUGUGAAAGAUACAUUUAUUGCGUACAGAUAAAAGGGAUUUAGCUCGAGGUGAUGAAAUACUUUUUUCCUAUUUAAAUGGGUCUCCGGAGUAAGUCUAAAACCUUCUGUUUAAUUGCAUUCAGGAAAGGCGACUAAGUUAAAAAUGGUUUUGUAAUGGAUGUUUACGCGAUAUGUUGACAGUUGCGAUUUCUACAGAACAUAUACAAGAUAGGGAUCAAGCCACUUAUUUAGUUAAAUGUGAUUUGGACAAAAAGUUUUACUAAUGUUCCUGUUUUAAGUAGCAUUGAUUGGGAACAGCCUCGCGUUUUGAUCAAUCUAAGUUUUUGCAAAUACAUGCCAUAUUAUAUCAUACAUUGAUGGGUUAACUUAUUCAAAUACUGAACGCAUUUUGAUGGAAAUCAUAUUGGUAACCAUAUAACACAAUCAAAACUUUGCUUCAAUAAGAUAUAAUGAAAAAGAUGUGUGUAAGAUUUUUAAAGUCCUAUACUUAACAUGAAUAAACAUAAAUGUAUGAUAUAUCUUUACAAAAUGCGUCACGUGUUUGAGUGGGUGAACACAAUAUCCUAUUGUUAGAACUAAAUAUUGUUUUGUGAUUUCAUUUUCAGUCAAGCUGAACCUCAUUGAAUGUCCAUUGUAACGUAGUGCUCUUAUGUAAUUGUGCCAUUGAUGCUUUCUACUUGAUUCUGUUUGAAUCGUCAACAUUACGAAUUCAAUUAUAAUCACGCACCUCGAAUGAAAAUAAUAAUGCGUGCACAAGCGAGGUCUAACUAUCAUCCUCUAUUCAUUUUCUUUCAAUACCUAAAAUAUCAUUAGCAAUGAAUUAGUUUUUUCCUUAUUCUGCGAUCCAUUGUUUACUGCAAAAGUUUGGAAAAUAUGUAAUUGUAUUCUUCAUUUAAUUUGUUUUGAACGAAUGCAAAUAUAUUUGUUAUAUCAUGGAUGUAGAAAAUUGCAGUUUGUAAAAUGAAUAUUAAUUUUCUGCUUUCCGGUGGUUUAUAGAGAUUUAUCUAUGAAUUGAAAUAAAUAAUGUUAUUUCACUGCUUCAAACAGUGACAUAACAUUUGCUAUUUUCCACUGUUUUGAUAUGUUAGACCGCUCUCAAUUACAAAUCAAACGUCUGCUCGCACAUGGCUGGGACACAGUUUACACGACGUCACUUCUGAAAUGACGUUACGUUUGUAUACAGUUUGGUGCGCUUUUCUUAAAACAAACGAUUCAAUGUUUAUACAAUUUUUAGGCAUACAAUAAAAGAAAAUAUAAUGCUUUGUCGAAGUGUUAGAUUGCAGUUUAUUUUUCCACGUGAAUACCAAAAGUAUAUAACUUUUGUUGAUCACUCGGUGAAAUAUCUUUCGAUGUAAAUUACACUUCAACAAACAAUUACCCUCUAUCGAUUCAAUAAAUACGCUUUUUAUUCUUAAAAUAUUUACACCUCAACUUCCAUUCCUUAAAUUAACUGCCUUUCGGCAAUUGCGUUCAUCAAUCGAUGAACGCAACAUCUUCGGAAAUGUUCGGAUCGCAAUUCAUUGCAUAACAAUAUACAUGAAAACUAUGAUACUGUUAUUGUUUGUAUUGUGUCAGCAGAUCCCGUAAAAUAUAAAUCAACAUUUUAGAAAGUUUUUUUUUUAACUUAAAUGAAUAGUUGCCUUAAGUGUUUGAAAUUUACGUUUAAAAGUGAUUUCAAGUGGUUGAUCUUUUCCCGUGUUAUUGUGACGUCAUUUGAAAAAAAUGCUCUCGGUUACAGUCGGGUCGUUCUUUUUACAAAAUGGGAAGCAAAGAGUUACUGAAAGGUUUUCUUAAAUGAAAUGAAGUACUUUUUUUAACAAUUAUUGAAUGAAAUAAGUAAAUAUUGGUGUAAAUAUAAGUAAUGAAAUUGCAGGCUUGAAGUCAUUAUCGGGGAUUUGAACACUAUUUGGACUCCACACACUUUGACCAACCCGAUAAUGACAUCAAGCCCGCAAUUCAUUCCUUAAUUUCUCGAACAAAAAAUAUUGAUUGUUUGAUUUGAAUGUUGAUCCAUACGAAAGGAUACAUGAUUUUUACCGUUUAAAUAAAUUAGUUACGUACUCCCUUAUUACAACCUUUUUCCUGAUACAUAAAAGGGCUUAAGGUUCAGUGAUACAGGCACUGAGAAAAUACUUUAACCUUGCUUGUUUUCCUUAGGAAUUAUAUGAAAUGAUAUCACUACAUUUAAGGAAAUGUAAAUGUGAUUAAACCAUGAUCCAAGCAAUUAACAAGAAAUGUUCAUGUAUCUUCAUAUUAAUAAAUUGAAAAGUACGCGGAAAACCGCAGCAGCCAGCACGUGAUCUGUGACUUUGUUUUAAGGCUGAAGGAUCAAAGCAGACCCGCACUGUUGCAAGCUAACAGAGGCGUGGGUAAUUAAGCCAGGGUUGAACUGGGAUUUUUUCCAGGGUUUAUGUCUUAUUAGUAACAUGUAAGUGUGUUUUUGUAAUAAUAUGUACAUUUACAGACUGUCGACCCGAUCACCUGUUGUAAUAGAAGAUGCCAAUAGAAAUACUGGAAUCGUAUGCUUACCGUUUUACAUGGCCUUACAUGAGGAAAUUGGCUCUUGUUUUACUCUUGUUUUGGUUGUUAAGGUAUCCUUCAUACAAAUAAGUCAAUCUUGGAUACCUGGUAACCGAAUAUUGUUUUGGUAUAAUUGAAAAGGGUUUUUAGGUUAACACAAAUAAUAUGUUAAGAUUAUACCUAAACACUAAUUACAAACAAGCUUUAUUGGGCUAUUAAGGGUACGUAGUAUAUUGCUUCAUGACCCAUAAAACACAAACAGAACACUAUAAUUACUUUAUCUAAUAUCUGUUUUCGAUCUUUUGUUUUACAUACUUGGAGUCAGAAAUUAGUACCCUUCCAAAUUAUACCAACGUUCUUUAUAGUUAUCAUAACUUACCAUUAUUUGAUAGUUAAUCUAUUUAUGAAGAAAGUUAGCUCAUGGAUAAGAAAACGUUUUUGUCAUUUAACCAAGUUUCUUUCGAAGCAUUCGCCUAACAGCACGACACCAUCUUGUAUAUAACUUUGAAAUUCUAAACCAUUGAUUAUAUUUUGUUUUGACCAUUUAAAUCAAAAACGUUUUAUUGUCUCUAGGCAUAUUCAUGUCAUUACCUCAUUUAUGUACUGAACGGCAUCAUGUAUAAGACAUGUCCAUCAUGGUUUAAUGUCAUUGUAAAUGUGCAUAGAUGUCAAUAAAUUA